GUCCCCUUUGAGCUAUGCUGAAUGGUUUAUUAGCAUGGCAUUAGGCAAGCUGUUGACAAAUAAAAUCAAUUUGCAUCGCUGUCAAGUAUUGAUAUAUAUUUCUUAAAUUAUACACACAGUUCACUGCAUUUCGUGAUAUUGUGUUUGGAGAACCGAUUUUCUAAUGGCAUGGGUAUCGUCGACAAUAAGCUUUUUUUUAUUCGUGGCGGUGACACAAACCGAGCGGUGAUUUGGGGCCGGUUGACAUGACGGGUGGCUUGGGAAAUUAUCGCCCGCUCUCUUCUCACUUUUCCCACUUGCACUAUGGCCACCACCCAGGAGAAGCCCAGAAAACGAUUCGUCGGUCGAGCUCGUAAGACUCAGAAUAUUGAAGCGGAAGCCGGUGGAGCCAUUGAAGAUGGAGCAGUUGGAUUCGCAAAGGCACCACGAUCCCGAGCUGGACGAGUGAUGAAUCAAGUGCCUGAUGAGAUUCUCAACGAUGCCUUACUCAACAAAGCGAUUGAACAAAUUCCUUCCAACUACAAUUUCGAAAUCCAUAAAACCGUGUGGCGAGUACGACGAGCCAAUGCCAAACGAGUCGCUCUUCAACUGCCGGAGGGCUUAAUGAUGUUUGCCUGCGUGUUGGCUGAUAUUCUUGAAGUCUUCUGCCAAGCGGAAACCUUGAUCAUGGGCGAUGUGACUUACGGCGCCUGCUGUAUUGAUGAUUACACGGCACGGGCCUUGGGAUGCGAUUUUCUCGUUCAUUACGGACACAGUUGUUUGGUGCCCGUCGAUAUUACUGAAAUCAACACGCUUUACGUUUUUGUCGAUAUUGGCAUUGACACGGAUCAUUUCAUUGCCACCAUCAGAAAGAAUUUCGAACCUGGCAAAAAGUUGGUGCUUGUAGGCACCAUUCAGUUUGGAACCGCAUUGCAAGCGGCCCGUACAGCGUUGGCUGACACUUAUCAAGUGGUGGUACCUCAAUCCAAGCCUUUAUCGCCUGGUGAGAUUCUUGGCUGCACCUCACCAAAGAUGCCGGGUAUGGAUGCUAUUGUGUGUAUCGGUGACGGCCGUUUCCAUCUUGAAUCCAUCAUGAUUCAUAAUCCCGAACUACCUGCUUUCCAAUACAAUCCUUAUGGCAAAACGUUCACUCGCGAACGCUACGAUCACGAGGAGAUGUACUCUUUGAGAAAACAUGCGAUCAGCCUUUCCAAGCAGGCCAAGAAAUUCGGUCUCAUUUUGGGUACCUUGGGACGACAGGGCAAACCGUCCAUCAUGGAAUACCUGGAACAAAGCAUUCGUGAGGCAGGCAAAGAAUCAGUCUUGGUCCUGUUGUCUGAAAUUUUCCCCGGUAAACUUUCCCAAUUUGAUGAUGUCGAUGCAUGGAUCCAAAUUGCGUGUCCUCGAUUAUCCAUCGAUUGGGGGUAUGCGUUCCCCAAGCCUUUAUUAACGCCAUAUGAAGCGUCGAUUGUGUUGGACAAGGCCAAAUGGCAAGAUGUCUAUCCCAUGGAUUUCUAUUCCAACGAAAGCUUGGGACCUUGGACGCCGAAUCAUGGUCGCAAUGUGCAACGAGCACCACGAAGAAGAGAUCCCAAACCCGCUCCUGCUGCUUCUCUCCCAUCAUAGACAAAUCCCUCCUUUUUCACAUCCAAUCCAUCCAUCGCUUUUUGUUUUUGUGUUUUAUUCCUCAUUGUCAUGAAUUUGAAUCCAUGGUCAUUGUAUUGUUUUUUUAUCGUCAGGCUAGUAUACAGUAUUCCUACAGACUUUGCUUACUGCUUAACAAGCCAUUGAAUUUUUCGCAUCACCAGUUUGCUCGUAUGGGAUAUGGUUUUCCCUCCCAGUUUAUCGUUUUUUCAUUGGAUCAAAAAAGCCCUCCAUGUAAAAUAUAUCAGACGUUCUUUGUUAGAGCGUUGCUAGCCGUGGGUCACCAGACUGUCUAAAUUUAGUCUCAAGAUAUUGCGAUCAUUCGAUGCUGAUGCAGAAAAAGAAGGAAACAUUUUCGGUAAAAG